CGACAUGAAGGCUAGCGAAGUGCGAACGCGUUCAUAAAAACGGUUCGGGUCCGCCUAAAAAUCAUAAAUGGGAACAAAAAAUAGCAUUUGCUUUGCGUUCUCCGAAUCGACUUCUCUGGGAAAAUCUGCUAAUCCAUUUUCGGUAAGAGAUUUCACGCAAAAGCCAUGAGUGUGGACCCCAACUCUUAACUUUCACACGGUCAACAUGAAAUUCCAUCAUUUCCCAGACAGUUUCCCUUCCAAUUCAUGCAGAAGAAGCUACAGUGAAACUACCUAAGCGGUUUCUGAUUUAAAGUUGAUACCAGUCAGUCCUAUAAAUAGAUGAAUUAUACAAUACAUUCUCACUGAAAGAAGCUUUAUCAAUUAGAUAUCGCCCAGCAAAAUCAAUAAUAUUUUUUUUAAUAACUGCAUUGCUUCUUCAUACUGUUUCUAUACAUUGAUCAUCUUUUCCCUCUAGAGAUUACUGUUCAUAUUUUUAAGAAACACCAAUGCCAUUUACUUACCCUUCUUCUUCUUCCUUUUCAUCCCAUGCACAUUUUGAACGUCCUAUUUUAAGCAAACCUCAUAAAAGAUGGAGACGUGCAUUCACUGUUAUCUACUCUUCCAGAGUUUUUCUUUCGUUAGCUAAAAAGAUCGUCUCUAUUAAAGAGACCCCGUUUUUCGUUGGUGUUUCACGUUCGCCGUCUUAUACUGCUCUUGAUAUUAUCAGCACUAAACAGGAUGGAGAUGACAGCGGUCAAAAUGUAAGUUUCUCUGUUGUUGGUCAUAAGAAUCUUAUUGAUAUUGUCAAGGAAAAAAACCUGCAACAAUUGAGUCAGUUUGGUGGUGUUCAUGGAGUCGUAAAUAAACUUCAAACUGAUGUGAAUAAUGGGAUCUGUGGUGGAGAUAUAGACAUUGGUCGCCGCCGUGAAUCCUUUGGUACUAAUACAUAUAAAAAACCAGCUUUGAAAGGGUUCUUACACUAUUUGAUGGAACCAUUCAAAGACACUAUUAUUCUUAUUCUACUAGCAUGUGCAGCACUCUCUAUUGGUUUCGGUAUGAAAGAGAAUGGUGUCAAGGAAGGUUGGUAUGAUGGUGUUAGUAUUUUUGUUGCUGUCUUUCUUGUUGUUGGUGUUUCUGGUGUGAGUAACUUUCGACAAUCAAGACAGUUCAGUAAACUUUCAAUGGUUAGUAACAAUAUUCAGAUUGAUAUUGUCAGAGACGGCAGAAGACAUACCAUGUCAAUCUUCGACAUUGUCGUUGGGGAUGUCAUAUGUCUAAAGAUUGGAGAUCAGAUUCCAGCCGAUGGAUUGUGCUUAAGUGGAUACUCUCUGCAAGUUGAUGAAUCGAGUAUGACGGGAGAGACUGAACCAUUGGAAAUUAAUGUCAGUAGGAACCCUUUCCUGCUCUCAGGAUGCAAAGUGGUAGAUGGAUAUGGCUAUAUGAUUGCAACAUCAGUCGGCAUGGACACUGCAUGGGGAGAGAUGAUGAGCUCAGUCAGUAGUGAUUCCAGUGAGAGAACACCAUUACAAGUUCGGCUUGAUAAACUUACUUCAUAUAUAGGGAAAGUUGGACUGACAGUGGCUUUCCUUGUUCUCGUGGUGCUGUCUACCCGUUAUUUCACAGGUAACACAUUAAACAAGUUAGGACAACGAGAGUUCAAUGGAAGCAAGACGAAGUUUAAUGAUGUGAUGAACGCAGUGGUCCGCAUUAUUUCUGAUGCAGUAACGAUUGUCGUUGUAGCAAUUCCAGAAGGCUUGCCGUUGGCUGUGACACUCACACUUGCUUACUCAAUGAAGAAAAUGAUGGCUGAUCAGGCCAUGGUUCGAAAACUAGCUUCUUGUGAAACUAUGGGUUCAGCCACCACAAUAUGUACAGAUAAAACAGGUACUCUCACUCUUAACCAAAUGAAGGUGACCAAAUUUUUCCUUGGCCAAGAAGCCAUGAAAGAUGAGAAAGCCUCACCCGCAGUCAGCUCCGAUAUUCUUGAAUUGUUCUAUCAAGGGGUUGGACUAAACACAACCGGCAGCAUUUAUGCAGCAACUUUGGGAAUGAUGCCUGAGAUCUCCGGUAGUCCAACUGAGAAGGCUCUUCUUUCUUGGGCUGUAUCAAAUUUGGGAAUGGAUAUGGAGGAAUUGAAACGAAGCUGUACCGUUCUUCAUGUAGUAGCAUUCAAUUCAGAGAAGAAGAGAAGUGGGAUUUCCUUGAAGAAGAAGAAUUCGAACGUCGUUCAUGUGCACUGGAAAGGAGCAGCAGAGAUGAUAUUAGCUAUGUGUUCCAGUUAUUACGGAAGUACCAGGGUUACACAAGUCAUGGGUGAAGGUGAAAGAAUGAAACUCGAGGAAAUCAUCAAAAAUAUGGCAGACCAAAGUCUUCGAUGCAUAGCCUUCGCUUAUGGUCAGUUCCAAGAAGAAGACUUGGAGAACAAUGAUGGUGAAGAAGCAGGUCAAAAGCUAAAGGAAGAUGGGUUGACUCUUCUGGGACUGGUUGGUCUGAAAGACCCAUGCCGUCCUGGUGUGAGAAAAGCUGUGGAAGCCUGCAAAAAUGCUGGAGUAAGUAUCAAAAUGAUCACAGGAGAUAAUAUUUUUACUGCACGAGCAAUAGCAACUGAAUGUGGCAUUCUUGAUCCCUAUGAUCCUAACUUGAACAGCGGAGCUGUGGUAGAAGGAGUAGAGUUCAGAAAUUACGCUGUGGAGGAGAGGAUGGAAAAGGUUGACCGGAUUUCUGUGAUGGCAAGAUCAUCUCCAUUUGACAAGCUUUUGAUGGUGCAGUGCUUGAAACAAAAAGGACAUGUGGUUGCAGUAACUGGAGAUGGCACAAACGACGCACCAGCUUUAAAAGAGGCUGAUGUCGGACUCUCAAUGGGAAUUCAAGGCACCGAAGUUGCAAAAGAGAGCUCAGAUAUUGUCAUUUUAGAUGACAACUUUGCUACUGUCGUCACAGUUUUGAGGUGGGGGAGGUGUGUUUAUACCAACAUCCAAAAGUUUAUCCAGUUCCAGCUGACUGUGAACAUUGCUGCUCUAGUAAUCAACUUCAUUGCAGCCGCUUCUGCUGGUGAAGUUCCUCUUACAACAGUCCAAUUGCUAUGGGUGAACCUCAUCAUGGACACUCUGGGAGCCCUAGCCUUAGCCACAGACAGACCUACCGAAGAGCUCAUGAAAAAACCACCAGUGGGUCAUAACCAGCCACUAAUUACGAAUGUCAUGUGGAGAAACCUCGUCGCCCAGGCUUUAUAUCAGAUAUUCGUCCUCUUAAUCCUGCAAUUCAAAGGAAAUGUUAUAUUCGGAGUGAAUGAGGAUGUUAAAAACACCCUAAUCUUCAAUACUUUCGUUCUGUGUCAAGUAUUUAAUGAGUUCAAUGCAAGGAAGCUAGAGAAGAAGAACGUGUUUGAAGGAGUACUCAAGAACAAGUUGUUUCUAGGGAUCAUCGGAAUCACCAUUGUUCUUCAAGUGGUUAUGGUUGAAUUCCUAAAGAAGUUUGCAGAUACAGAGAGGUUGAACUGGGGUCAAUGGGGAGCAUGUAUCGGCAUUGCAAUCAUUUCUUGGCCUAUUGGUUGGGUCGUCAAGUGCAUACCAGUUCCUGAAAAGCCGUUAUUCGAUCUUGUCAAGCGACGAAGCUCUUGAACUGGUUUAUUCCCUUUCCAUUUCUAUUAUAUAGUAAAAAGAAAAGAUGUUUGCAAUAGGAUCUAGAUGCAUUUGAUUUCUUUGUAUAUGAAUUUUUUAUAAUCCUGAAUAGAAACUUAACAACAUACAUUUGCAAAUUGGGUGUUUCUGUGACUAAUUCAAUAAAUCAAAGGCCAAAACUAUAAUGUGAA